AGGCCACUCAUGCAAAUAACAGGCAAAGCCGCUUGCAAAUAACCCGGCGGAGCGCAAAGGCGCGCGAGUCUUUUCGCGGCCGCAGGCGGAGUUGAGGGGCUCCGGCGAGGAGAGAGUUAAGCCCAACACCUCUCCCGCCCUCGGAGGAGGGGCCGAGCUGCAACGGAAAUAACCGAGCGCCGGGCCGCGGUUGGCCGGAGGGAGCCGAACCUUUUCCGGAAGUAGCCGAUCUCUGGGGUCUCGCUCUCCGACCUGAGCCGAGCGCCGGGCCUUGUUCUCCGGAUCGGCCGAAGGUGUUCCGGAAGGAGGCGAAACCCAAGGCGGGCAGGGCAAGCCUUCCCGGCGGCCGGCAGAUCCCAACGUCUGGUGGGGCUCGGCGAGGGCGGGGAGAGUCAGAACCUGGCUCCGGUCCGGCGGGAGCCGAGCUUGUUCCGGAAGAGGCCGAGCGGACCGGCGCUGGCCUCGGCGUCCCGGGCGUGAGGCGGUAGCUGCGGCGGCGACAGCGCGGGCCGGGAUGAACCGCGACGGCUGAGGCAGCGGAGGUGCCGGCUGCGCGGGCCCGACCGAGACUUCCGCGAAGCGCCAGCCCCGCGCUCGGGGCUUCGCCUCGAGCCGAGCCCUGCCCCCGCGAGCCUCCCGGACCCCUUUGUGCGGCCGGAGGCGGCGGCGGGAACGGCCAUGGCGGCCAACAUGUACCGGGUGGGGGAUUACGUCUAUUUUGAGAACUCUUCCAGCAAUCCUUACCUGGUUAGACGGAUUGAGGAGCUCAACAAGACAGCAAAUGGAAACGUGGAGGCAAAGGUUGUGUGCCUUUUCCGGCGAAGGGACAUUUCUAGUAGCCUCAACAGCCUGGCUGAUAGCAAUGCCAGGGAGUUUGAGGAGGAAUCAAAGCAGCCAGGGGUGUCAGAGCAGCAGCGACAUCAACUGAAGCACCGGGAGCUUUUUCUUUCUCGGCAAUUUGAAUCGUUACCAGCCACCCACAUAAGGGGGAAAUGCAGCGUGACCCUCUUGAAUGAGACCGACAUCUUGAGCCAAUACUUGGAAAAGGAGGACUGCUUUUUUUACUCACUGGUGUUCGACCCCGUGCAGAAGACGCUUUUAGCCGAUCAGGGGGAGAUCCGAGUUGGUUGCAAAUACCAAGCUGAGAUCCCAGAUCGCCUGGCAGAGGGAGAAUCUGAUAAUCGGAACCAACAGAAGAUGGAGAUGAAGGUCUGGGACCCGGACAACCCUCUCACAGACCGGCAGAUUGAUCAGUUUCUCGUGGUGGCCCGGGCCGUGGGGACCUUCGCAAGAGCCCUAGAUUGCAGCAGCUCCAUUCGGCAGCCGAGCCUGCACAUGAGUGCAGCUGCUGCCUCCCGAGAUAUCACGCUGUUUCAUGCCAUGGAUACGUUGCAGAGGAACGGCUACGACUUGGCUAAGGCCAUGUCGACCCUGGUGCCCCAGGGAGGCCCGGUGCUGUGUCGGGACGAGAUGGAGGAAUGGUCGGCCUCGGAGGCCAUGCUGUUUGAGGAGGCUCUGGAGAAGUACGGCAAGGAUUUCAAUGAUAUUCGCCAGGAUUUUCUGCCUUGGAAGUCACUCGCCAGCAUAGUCCAGUUUUAUUACAUGUGGAAAACCACAGACCGCUAUAUUCAGCAGAAAAGAUUGAAAGCUGCUGAAGCAGACAGCAAACUGAAACAAGUCUAUAUCCCCACCUAUACUAAGCCAAAUCCUAACCAGAUCAUCUCUGUGGGCUCGAAACCUGGCAUGAAUGGGGCUGGAUUCCAGAAGGGCCUGACUUGCGAGAGCUGCCACACCACACAGUCUGCCCAGUGGUACGCCUGGGGCCCACCCAACAUGCAGUGCCGCCUCUGUGCUUCCUGUUGGAUCUACUGGAAGAAGUAUGGGGGACUGAAGACCCCGACCCAGCUUGAGGGGGCUGCCCGGGGCACAACAGAGCCACACUCGAGGGGUCAUUUGUCUCGACCUGAAGCCCAGAGUCUCUCCCCCUAUACGACCAGCGCCAACCGGGCCAAGCUACUGGCUAAGAACAGGCAAACAUUCCUGCUUCAGACCACAAAGCUGACCCGUCUUGCCAGACGCAUGUGCAGGGACCUGUUACAGCCGAGGAGGGCUGCCCGACGACCCUAUGCCCCUAUCAAUGCCAAUGCCAUCAAGGCAGAGUGCUCCAUUCGACUUCCUAAGGCUGCGAAAACUCCACUGAAGAUUCACCCUCUGGUGCGGCUGCCCCUGGCAACUAUUGUCAAAGAUUUGGUGGCCCAGGCACCUCUGAAACCAAAAACACCUCGGGGUACCAAGACACCGAUCAACAGAAACCAGCUGACCCAGAACCGGGGUCUGGGGGGCAUUAUGGUGAAACGGGCCUAUGAGACUAUGUCAGGAGCCGGGGUCCCCUUCUCUGCCAAUGGAAGGCCUCUGGCCUCAGGGAUUCGUUCAAGCUCACAGCCAGCAGCCAAGCGUCAGAAACUAAACCCGGCUGAUGCUCCCAAUCCUGUGGUGUUUGUGGCCACAAAGGAUACCAGGGCCCUGCGGAAGGCUCUGACCCAUCUGGAAAUGCGGCGAGCUGCUCGCCGGCCCAAUUUGCCCCUGAAGGUGAAGCCACCACUGAUUGCAGUGCGGCCCCCGGUCCCACUAUCUGCACCGUCACAUCCUGCCAGCACCAAUGAGCCUAUUGUCCUGGAGGAUUGAGCGUCUGCGGGGAGGGAGGGAGGUGGGCUGAAAGCUAGAGGGUGGGUGCCCAGGGCACCCACCCUCCCUUCCCUCUAGUAUCAAAGGGAAUGAGGAGUGAGGGAGGGAGGGAGCAAGUGUGUGUCCUUGGAGGGGUCGGGCGCCCUCUGGUGUUACCACUUGCGAGGCUCGUCCCCUUCCCAUGCUUCUCCAUGCCUGGUGGUGGAGGACACACUGCAGGAACUUGGUCCAUUGUGGGAACCUAGCCUGUUUUGGGGGGUAGGACCCACAGUUGUCUUGGACAGUUUUGGGGGGAGGGUUUUUUAAUUUUUUAAAAAUUUUGCCUCCCUUUUUGAAAGGGGAUGGGGGAGGGGAAGAGUAAAUUGAUAGGAGGUGGUGGUACCUGGUUGGGGGAGGGGGGCGUGCACUGCCAUGACUGCCAUGUCUAUAUCUUUUUUUUUUUUUCUAAUGGGGGUUUCUCUUCCUGUCCGGUGUCCGGACUUUCCUAAUUGGAGUUUGAGGCCCCUAAGCUGGCAUCAGCCCCAGCCCAUGCUCUCUCUUUUCCUUCCCUCGCCUUGUCCCCUCUGCCUUUUGUACGCCAAUUCUCAGAAAUAAAGAUCUUUUGUCCGUUUUUUUAACCUCGGAUUCUGUAAUUGGUUCUUAUAGUAACAAAUAAAAAGCUGUUUUCUUCAGCUUC